GGAUUUUUCAUUUUUUUGGUAGAUGCCUCUAUUAUCACUCAGUCCGAGUUGAACGAAAGACUGAGGAACACACACACACACACAGAGAUAGAGAGAGCGCUCAAUAGUGGUAUUAUGCGGUUGAAUGGCCAUUCGAAGCUUCAAACUAUAUUAACAGAAUUAAUAACCACUAUGACAUAGAAGAACAACCAGAUGAGAUAAUAACAAUAAUCAUUAAUUAGCCUGAGUAGGCUAGGGUUGAUUGCUUAUGCGAAUGACGGAUCUAAAUCUAGAGUUGCAGGAGGCAGGUUGGGAGGAAUUGAGGAAAGAGGCCAGAAAGAUUGAGGGUGAUCUUGAUGUCAAGCUCUCUUCCUAUACUAAGCUCGGAGCAAGGUUUACCCAAGGAGGCUAUGCAGAUACUGGGUCACCAACUCUUGGGUCCAGCAGAUCCUGGAAGUCUAUGGAAAUGGAGAUUCAAUCUUUGCUUGAAAAGCUACUUGAUACCAAUGAUGCCAUGAGCCGAUGUGCAGCAUCUGCAGCACCUACUACCUCUGUAACACAGAAACUAGCAAGGCACAGAGAUAUACUUCAUGAGUUUACUCAGGAAUUUAGACGAAUCAAGGGAAAUAUAAACUCCAUGAGGGAGCAUGCUGAGCUUCUAAGUUCUGUGAAGGAUGAUAUAAGUGAACAUAAGAUGUCUGGGAGUAUCUCACCAAGAGCAAAUUUAUUAAGAGAGAGAGCUACUAUACAUGGAAGUAUAGCUCAUAUUGAUGAUGUGAUAAAUCAAGCUCAAGCUACUAGGUCAGUUUUGGGCUCCCAACGAUCUUUACUUGGAGAUGUUCAAGGGAAAGUCAAGCAACUAAGUGACAAGUUCCCCGUCAUCCGUGGCCUUCUUGGUGCCAUUAAGAGGAAGCGAUCUAGAGAUACUCUCAUUCUCUCUGCUGUCAUUGCAGGUUGCACAUUGUUCCUGAUUAUAUACUGGCUCUCCAAAUAAAAGAAUCAUGUUUCAGAAAUUUUGCCUUCACAAUGUGUUCAAAACAAGAUGGAGACGGAUAUCCGUUGUCCGGACGUCUUUUGAGUUUUGACAGUUGAGUUUAUCCAUGAACUGAAUUGUUGUAUAACAACAGUACCAAGGAUAAUGAAUUUGCCACUUAAUAUUGUAUUUGUUCC